AUGGUUAAAGGGUGGAGCACGGUGAGCGAGCAGAGGCGGAAGGUUAGCCGUCCAGUUUCCAGGAGUGCGAGGCCAGACUGGAGCGCCGCAGCAGGAAGCGGGCGAGCUGGCCGUGGCCUUUGGCGCGGCCGCGCUUUCGACUGCAGUGGCUCAGAAAAGAAACGGCGAUACCAUCGGCACCCGGAAGAAGCCGUCACGCCUCUGGAAACGCUGCGCCCAGACAACGGCCAGCAGGGCCACGGUGAACCCACAAACAAGCCUUUCAUAGUGAUGAGACAGGGACGAAGCAGCUGCAGCAGGCCCUAUAACGAGCUUCCGCAACGAAAAAGAUUAGAUAUGGAGACUGCAGGACGUCCGUCGUGGACUCACCUUAUUUUAGUCAGAGCAACACCUCGGAUGGGUGGCUUAGAGACGACUGAAUUUUAAAAAUAUCAGGAAACAUUGUCCC